GAGAGGCGAUCCUGUGCAGCCACGCUCACCUGCACAGCCCCGCUUCCCACGGACAGGACACUUUUGGGAAAACGUCAGCAGAUCCGCAGCUCCAGCAAUCACGAAGAUGGCGUCAACGCUGUCCGUACGCAGCUACUCUGUACGCCAGCCGUCCUUCUCCAGCGUGUCGGCGAGGGACGGCGCCCGCGGCGUCGCGCGCUCCAGACCGGCCGCGUCCACGGCCGGCGCCCGAUCGCUGUCGCACUCCAUGUCGGUGGGCAACGGGCUCCACCUGCUGGGCGCUGGCCUGUCCCUGAACGGGCUGGGGGCGGGGGCCAGCGAGAAGGAGACCAUGCGGGGACUGAACGACCGUCUGGCCAACUACCUGGACAAGGUGCGCUCCCUGGAGAGGUCCAACGCCGAGCUGGAGCUGAAGAUCAAACAGCUGAUCGCCGAGAGGCAGCCCAGGGGACACGACGUGGACAACAUGAUGGCUCAGGCGCACGCCAUCGGGCAGGAGGUGCGGAAGAGGACCCUGGAGAAUGCCCGCAUCAUGCUGGAGAUCGACAACGCCAAGCUGGCGGCCGACGACUUCAGGGUCAAGUGGGAGGCGGAGGCCGCCUUGUGUCAGUCAGUAGAGCGCGACUGCCAAGCCCUGAGACGAGCCAAGUCCGACCACGACCAGAUCACAUCUAUGCUGAGAGGGGACCUGGACAGCCUCAAGGAGGAGCUCUACUUCCUCAAGAAGAACCACGAUGAGGAGAAGAGCUCCCUGAAGGUCCGCCUGGCUAACGAGCAGGUGAACGUGGAGGUGGACGCCGCUCAGGGCCCGGAUUUGGGUGCCGUCAUGGCCGAGCUCAGAGUCCAGUAUGAGGGCAUCGCACGCAAGAACAAGGAGGAGGCCGAGGCCUGGUACCUCAAGAAGCUGGACGCUGUGCAGUCGGAGGUGAAGGAGAGCAACGAGGCACUCCGCUGCGCCCAAAGUGAGCUGAGCGAGAGGCGACGUUUCCUGCAGGCACUUGAGGUGGAGAUGGACAGUCUUCGCAAGCAGGUGGACGUGCUGGAGGGCAACCUUGCAGAGACGGGCCACAAGUACUCUGUGGAAAUGGAGCGCCUGCAGGUGGCGCUAUCGCAGCUGGAGGACGAGCUGUCGCAGCUGCGCCUGGACAUGCAGCGCCACAAGACCGACUACGAGCAGCUGCUGCGCAUCAAGCAGAACCUGGAGAUGGAGAUCGCCACCUACAGGAAGCUGCUGGAAGGAGAGGAAACGGUGAAAGAAAUUCCGCCGCCUCCUAAAAAAGAGCCUGAUGUGCGCACUCGGAAGAUCGUCAAGGUGGUCACUCAGACGAUGAUCAACGGCAAAGUGGUGGACGAGUCCAGCAAGGUGGAGCAGAUUGAGGAGCGUAAAAAAUGAGCAAAAGUGAAGCGAACGCACCCCUAAAAAGCACCCGCUGUUCCAUGGAUGAAGCCUCAAGAAAACCUUAUUUGGUUGGAAAUGUAACAUUGCCAAAAAGGUUGUGCCUUGCCCUGACAUACGAGGAAAACUGCAAUUGAAUAUGACAAAAUAAUCAAAGUCAAGCAGUGAGGAACGGGGCGUCGAAUCAUAUUUUCAUUCUUUUUUUUUCGCAUCCUGUUAUGAUAGACAUUAAAGCUAACUGAUUUAGAAAAAUAAACUACUUGUGAUCCCCCCCUCCACCCCCCGUUAUUGUAAUUGCAAUUUAACGUGGGUUUUUUUCGAAAUCCUUUUUUCGUGUCUUUUUUGUUUUUUUAACAAAAACAAGUACCGGUAAUAAAUUAAUCUGUAUUACAACAAACAAUAUAAUUUAUUACGCAUACAUGUUUUGGUCUUGUUGGGCUUCCGCUAAAAUAAAGGCAAAUGAGCCAUGAAUUAUUAUCUUCUUCAA